CAUUAAGAUCUGGUAACUGGGGAGCUCCAUGAAAUCAUUCUCUUGUUUUAAAACUAGUUUGAGAUCAUUUGAGCAAUGUGGCAUGCUGCAGUGGAAGUAGCUAUCAGAAGGGAUGGACAUCAUCAGCAACAGUACCUCGGCCUAGGUAAGGGGUCUGGUUACUAGAUGGACCAGACAACCCUUUUUUCCAUUCUGCUUUUGUCUAAUUUUAGUUUGCUGGUGUGGAUGGUAGGAUUUGUCUUGUGCUUUUUUUUAUCAGACAGGAAUGUAACAGUGUUUGACUUUGUUGUUGUUUAAUACAUUUUGACCUUGAAGAAUCUGUGCUGUGAUUUUGCCUUGACAUGGAAAUCCUCUAUAAUUGAAAGAGAGACUACUAUAUUUUUUAUCACAACUGUGCUCCAGUGUGUUACCCAACUGUUUUCUUUUCUAGUUGACAUAAAGGUGAACAAGUCAACAGGUGCAGCAUGUUUUUUUAUUUCUUGCCCUUUUGGCCUCCUUAUUUCAGUUGUGCCUGGUAAUCUGUGACCCAAAUUCCACAGCACUUAGACAUGAAGGAGAAACAUGAUCCCUCUGUUGACCUCCUGGGCAUUUACCACUGUGCAAGCGUAAAGGUGACUGCCAAGGUUCCUCCGGAUGUCACAUUUCAUGGAUUAGAAUGGGUGAAAAAGAAUCAGCCCAUUGUGCAGUAAAUAAAACAUUUGGACUAAAUAUUGGUUGCGUCAACUGUACUCACAACUGUUUAGUCUGUGCAUGACAACAGACUGCCAGUUUACAAUUUCAGCUUCUCAUAUUACUCUGUAAAUAUUUAGCAGCUCGGUUACAAGAGGAAGUGUGGGAACAAGUGUCCCUUCAAUAUUACCAUGCAGCUGGAGAGAGAGGCGGGACAGGAGCAAACACACAAGAGUGCUGCUUAUGGGAUAAGAAGACGAGCGGCACACAGCAAUCUCAGCAAUAUCCUACUGUGUGUUACAACUUGGACAUCCAUGACCAGCGUCUUUGUCAGAACAUUUCUGCAAGAACUCUGGUAAAAGUAAGGGAUCUACGAUUGUCUAGCAUCAAGAGGCAUAAAAAGGAUCUACUGAUUACAGUUAUUAGAAGACUGCAAAGAAUGGCAGUAACUAAUCUGUGCCUCCAGAAAGACUCAUUGGAUUGGAAGAAAGAGAUGGAGGAAAGCAGUGGAAGAGGGAGGAUGGCUUCAAUUGAAGAGGAUGCGAAUCAAGAGGUGGAUGAGGUAAAGAAAUACCACAAAGACGAUUAUCCUAAAGUCGUUUUCCUUGCCUUGACAGACUUCAGGGAUUCCUUGACUCUCACAGACCUUACUCUGAACACAGAGGAUGGCAGGACUAUAUGUGUCCACUCCACAGUCCUAGCUGCUGUCAGCUCACUCAUCUGGGUAAAACUAAAUGAAAGAAAAGUAAAAAACUUCAGAGUUAAUGAAAGAAAACCUGCUGACACUAGGGCUGGAAGUCAAGGUUGGUCACUGAAUCUUGUUCCAGAGGUGGACUGUGUUGGAUUAGAAGCGGUUGUGGAGUUUGCGUACACUGGUCUCAUAUCAAGUUUGAAUGAACAAAAUGUUGACCAGAUACAAGCUGCUGCUCGAGCACUGGGCGCCCCUCGAAUGUUGGCCCUCUGUGACCUGCAUGAAGCGAAGCCCACAAAAUCUGCCAGAGACAACAAAAGGGUAACACUCUCUGCUGCAGAGCAGAUGACCAUAAAUCUGGAGUCCAUCAAACAGAUGUGGAUGGGCAGGGUUGGUUGUGACGUCAGGUUGGAAGCCCCUGGUGGAUCAGUUCUCGUGCACAAAGUUAUCCUGGCUGCAACCAGUGACUACUUCCGUGGGAUGUUUACACUGGGCAUGAAGGAGUCCCUUCAGUGUUAUGUGAGGCUUCCAUUCCUCUGUGCCUCAGAUCUAGAAGUUCUGAUUGGCAGCUCCUACAGCGGCGGUCUUCCACUGAGCUGGACGGGCGUCUUUGAGAUUGCUUGUCUUUCUCUUCAGCUCCAGUACCAACCUGCCCUGUCCUUGUGCUUUAGUUUCCUUCACCAUGAACUAAAUGCUCACACCUGCCUUGAUGUGGCGUCUUUUGCUGAAGCCUAUGAAAUAGCACACCUUCUCGAAGCUGCGGAUGACUUUGUGCUGCGGCACUUUCAGGAGGUGGCCUGCACCUCCAAGUUCAAGGACCUGCCGGCCAAGCAGCUCCUCAAGUACCUGAACAGUACCUCACUCUGUGUUCCAUCUGAGCUUGUCGUGUUUAAGGCUGUGGCGUCAUGGAUUCAAGCCAAGCCCAGUCGGAGGCUGAAACUCGCAGAGGAGCUAAUGAAAACGGUACAGUUUUCCCUGAUGACAUUUAAGGAAUUCAAAGAGGUUCAGUCACAGAACAUUUGGUGUGAUCACAGCUUGACGGAGCUGUACAACAGAGUCUUUGAAGACUUCUGCUGCAGCGAGGCUCCACCACAGAGCCAAUGGCGUUUGUAUCUUCCCAAAGAGAGUCUCGUCUUGAUCGGGGGCUACCAGAUCUCUGAAGACCUGUGCAGCCGCCACAUCAGCAGAGACAUUUGGUUCGGCAAUUCCAUGAGAAGUUUGACUGGGAUUAACAAGGCAAUUGAGUGGAGACGAUUGGGAGAAAUGCCAAAGUCACCGAGGUUCAGUCAUGAAGUCGCUGUGCUCGAUGGACACCUGUACAUUUUUGGAGGCAAAACAUAUUAUGGCAAGGGUGACAUCUUUAACUUAGUAUACAGGUACGAUCCACUUCAAAACAGCUGGGAGUGUCUGUGUGAAAUGCAAGAGAAGAGAUCCUCUUUCUCAGUGGUUGUGCUGGAUGGGCAAAUAUACGCUGUUGGUGGAUACUGUGAAUCUGAUCAUAUGGAUUCUGUUGAAUGCUACUGUCCAUCUACAAACUCCUGGAGCUUCACCAAGCCCUUGGAUGUACGGCUGGGUGGGCACAUAGCAAAGGUUCUCAAUGGGCAGAUCUUUAUCUCCGGAGGGCAAAACGCUGACCAGUUGUGUCUUGCAUCUAUGUUUCUGUAUCACCCAGAGACAGGAAGCACCUACCUGGCAAGCAUGAACAAUCCCAGAGCUCAUCACAGCAUGGAGAUCCUGGGGGGACACCUCUACGUAGCAGGGGGAAUCACCACUAAUGAUAAUGUGACUGUCGUUGAUCAGCUUACCUGUGAAAUGUACAGCCCAGCCACCAACUCUUGGACUGCGUUCACAUCUCUGCAAGUGCCACAUGUUGGGGCAGGAAGUGCGAUUUUGGAGGGAAAGUUCUACUUGCUAGGUGGAUACAGCCAGGAGGACUGCAGUGACACGAAUACGGUCCAUCGCUACGACGCCACCACACAGAAAUGGGAGAACAUUGGACAAAUGCCAGGGCCUAAUAAUGAAAUACGAGCAUGUGUGCUGUGUCUACCACAACAUUUGCGUAUGUAAAACACAGUCAAAUGAUCAGCUAUUUCAAAUAGAAUCUUACUGGGAAUGAUGAGGUUUGACAUGUUGGUCGCUCGGCUCCCGGUAUGUGAAAAAGGAUUAUUGGGAGAAGAAACUCACAGUUCACAUAUUAACAAUCCCAGUCUAUCCCUGAUAAUCUCUCUAUAUGUAAAAAACAAUAGGGUUAUCCCUUCAUCCAUUCUCUAAACCUCCAAAAUCCUGUUGUGGUCACUGGGGAACAGGAACCUACAUGAUGUGGUGGCAGAGAACACUCUGGACAGCUUUGGAGGUUAAAAAUUCCCAAUAAAGUUGACACUUUUAUUUAAAUAUUGGAGGCAAACUACUGGUUUCUCACUGAACAAGGAAGUAGAUUGGUAAUUUAAUUUGUACAUAUAGGCUUUGUAUAUAAAUAGAAAAACAUCUACGUUUUUGGUGUUUUGGUGGCCACUGUACUCGCCCAUACUUGACGGAAGUAAAAAUAUGGCAAGUCGAUGUAUAAUCAGCUGCAGAGAACUUUUCCGACGCUGAUAAAAGGAUGAAUGAAAAGUUUAUUUUGUUUCCAGCUCCUUUAUAUCCACUUUUUAUAUCGCGUGAACUCCUACCUCUCGCACAUGCAGAUCAGAGAAAGUAACUGCUGAGGCAGUAGGUGUUACUUUUCACGGACGCACAGAGAUGGCAUGGAACGGAGCGGACACAUUCAGGAGUUAGGAAUGUAAAAUUUGGGUGUUAGGAGAACUUUUUACGUCAACUCUCACAUCUCAGCAGGUCAGAGAUUUCCAAUUACAUUAAUCAAACACACGUUUUUGCACUCAGAGAAAAAACUACAGCGCUCCAAGAAAACCCUUCCAUGCACAGGAACAACAUUCACACUACAUAAACAAGGACCUAAACUGAUAUUUGAGGCUCUAGUGCUAUGAAACUGGACCAUUAUCUACAAAUAUUUAUUCAUAAAUAAUGUAUGUUAUAAGGAGUUCUGUGACCCUGUGGUUAACACUGUUGUUUACGGCUACAGGGUCAGCUCUUCAAAUCUCUGCUGCAACCUUUUUUCCUCCCAUUUAGACAAGCAACGGUGGAGAUCUAAAUAGGAGGAAACAAAGAGCAUUUGUAAAACACUUUGUCGUCUGCAAAGAUUGUGUGCUGCUUUUGAUGCACCUGCAUUUCUACAACAUCUGUGGUAGUUUUGAAACACAAUGUGAGAAAUUUGCAGUGGUCUACUGUUGUAGGAAGAAGUAAAGUUCCCAUAACACUGUUGCCUGCUCUCAUAUAUUCCUUCUUUGCUUAAUGAUCAGUAGGUGAAAUUUAAAUACCCUAUACCACACACUGAUCAGCAACCUUUCUAACCCUAGGAGCCAGGUUUGUAUGUGGUCGAGCUAAACACAAUUUGUUUAAAGCCAUGUAAAAAAACAUGACUGUAAGUUUGCAACCUACUGACAAAAACAUUCAUUUAAUAGGAAAAUAUUUCUCAUCCCAGAAGUUCCCCGAACCUUUUGUGCCACAGACUAGUUUAAUGACAAUAAUAAAUGCCUUUAAGCUGUGACAAAUAAAUAAAUAAAUAAAAAUACCAGAUAAAAUGAAAUAACUAGCAUAAAAACUGUGGUAUUUUCUAAAUACAAUAAUGAUAUUAAGAUAAGGAUAGAGAAGGGAAAGGAAAGGGUCUCUCUUUUGUCUUUUACCUGACAUUAAAUUAACCCCUAACAGUGCAUUUUGUUUUAUCUUGAUUUAUAUCCACCAAUGUUGAUGUAACAGUUUUGGGCUUUUUAAAAAUAUAUAUGGACAGACUUUGUCACUUUUUUAGUCAGUUAUAAAGUGUUUGAAUUAGACUCAGACAAAUUAACAAUAGACAUAAGCACUGCAUUUUGUAGUGAAUAGGCAAUUAAGUAGAUGUAUUCUUUUUAACAAUGCAUCAUAGUUAAGUCUAUGUUUUAUAUGUAAUACAUGUCCUAAAAUAAAUGUGCCCAACACACCAUGGAUUACCGUUGCAGACACUUCACUUGAGGAUAUUGAUGUGACUUUGUGUUUUUGCUGAAAUUAAUAAAACAUUUAUUUUUUUACAUAA